AUGAGUGGAGUCUCCGAGUGUGCCACGAUGGCUGCUAUUCCACUGUCUGUGCAUACUGCUGUAAAGGUUCAUAGAAACAUGACUAAGAAGAAUGCCAGUUCAGAGGAAAAGGGCUUCCAUUUCUUUGACAGCUCAUCCAAUGAUGUGCCAAAUUGGCAUUCAACCCCAGUGAAGGAGUAUUUUGAGCAAGCUCUGCCAGCUCGUUACAAUAGUAAGCUGAUGAAUUCUAUAUGGGGACUGUACAACCGCUACAGCCCACAUAACUUCAAGAAGAACAAUGGAGAGGGAGGUGUUGUUGGGAUUGGAGGAGUUCAUGUUGCUCCUCCUCCUUUCCCAGGGACCAUUCCUGAGGUCCCUGACAGAAUGAAGUUGCGUCGAGUCAUUCCUUUGCUUAUUCGAAGCUUUUCCACCCCACCACCACCAGUUGCUGGGGGCGAGAUUCGUGACAAGAUGAAGGCCAGGGAAUCCCCGAAUUGAAUGCUUCAUAGAUCGGAAAAAUUGUAUACAAUUCCUCGGGUUUUUUUUUUCUUAUAUUCAUGUCUUCUCAUAUUGACAGAGGAUAGAGGUGAUAUACUCCAUCCAGGAGUGAUCCUCCUAUUGUAUUCCAUGCCUCAUGGGAGGAUUUCCCGAUAUUUGUCUCCAUUAUUGAGACAUUACAGAUCAAACUUUUGACUUGGAAACGCUCUUGACUUGAGUUUAUGUAUUGUGACUGAAUUUUAUGUUACGCUUAUGUCUCGUGUCAUAUGGGGAAUACAAUACGUAGUUUUACAGCUGGGCAAUUGGUAGGCAGUCGGAAGGUUAAUGUUGGACACGCAUAGUACUUUAGGCCAUAGUCAUGGUUGCACGUCUCUGUGUGGCCAACCCAGCACAUCAACUUUAGUUCAUCGGUACCUGGAUGCAGUAUCAGUUGUAAGGACUUGUGAGCAUUGGUCCAAGAGCAGGUGUAGAAUCCCUAUACCUGUGAUAUUCUAGGACCCAGGUCUUUCGAGUCCAACGGUCAAGUCUCAGAAGGUACAAAGUCAUUGUGAAAGGGAAGCUCCUGACUGCUAUGGAUGAAAUUUGUGCAAUUAAGUCGAAGGGAAGUGUGAUGUAGGAUUCAGUCAAAAUAACUCCUGGUGCCUGUAUUUGAGACCUCCAGAUUUCUAACAUGUGUUACUGUGGAUGUGAAAGAGGGACACAUGGUUUGUUUGUUUUCCUCACUAGAGCAGUUUUGGUUAGGCUAUUUUAGAAGUGCUAGAAUGUACUUGAAAAUGAAAAUAAACAGAUCUUCCUGGAAAA